UACGACCAGCGACGCGCGGAUCAUAAGCAUCGUGGUGUAUGCGUGUAUGGUGUGUGUGGUGUCAACCUGGCGAAAUCGCAGAGCUGUCCGGCAAACGGUGAAUUAUCGCGGAACAUGAUAGAGGACACCGAAAAGGUGGUUCCACUUUGUGUUUCGUGACGUAAGUAAAUGUGUCCUCGCACGUGCCCGAAGCGCUUCUAUGCAAGCGUGAUUUAUCUCGCUCGGCGUUCCGCUCGGGACCUCGGCGGCCAAGCGUCUCUUCCUCGUCGCCCGACAAUUCGUCGCCGUGCGUCGAGCACGCCGAGAAAUUUCACGGGAACUCGCGUGCGACGCGGUACAAUCUAUCGUUGAUCGCGUCGAACGGCCAGUCAUUAUAGUAAAUUCAACAAUGGCCACUAGUAAUACCAGAGGUAUACCGCGUAUACAGGUCUUUAGACCGACUUACGAAGAAUUUAAAGACUUUUCAAAAUAUGUCGAAUAUAUGGAAAGUCAAGGGGCUCACAAGGCAGGUUUGGCCAAAGUGAUACCGCCUGUUGAAUGGAUUCCUAGGAAAGAAGGCUAUGAUUUAGAUUCUCUAAAUCUCACGAUACCAGCACCUAUUUGUCAAGUGGUCACUGGAAAACAGGGCCUGUACCAACAAAUCAACAUUCAAAAGAAACCAAUGACUGUUCAAGAAUAUAAGAUAUUAGCCAAUUCUGAGCGUUAUUGUACACCACGUCACUUCGAUUAUGAAGAUCUAGAAAGGAAAUAUUGGAAGAACAUAACAUAUGUCUCACCGAUAUAUGGGGCGGAUGUAUCUGGCUCUUUGACUGACCCAGAUGUGAAUGAAUGGAACAUCAAUCAUCUUGGAACCAUCUUAGAUUACGUUAACAAAGAUUAUGGCAUAUCGAUCGAUGGUGUUAAUACAGCUUAUCUCUAUUUUGGAAUGUGGAAGACUACAUUCGCUUGGCAUACAGAGGAUAUGGAUCUUUAUUCUAUAAAUUAUUUACAUUUCGGUGCACCAAAAACAUGGUAUGCUAUACCGCCGGAACAUGGACGAAGAUUGGAGAGGCUAGCCAGUGGUUUUUUCCCAUCGAGCUACCAAAGCUGCCAAGCCUUUCUGCGCCACAAGAUGUCCCUGAUAUCUCCUCAAAUAUUAAGACAAUAUUCCAUUCCGUGUAACAAAAUAACGCAGGAGGCCGGAGAAAUAAUGAUUACAUUUCCGUAUGGGUAUCAUGCUGGCUUUAAUCAUGGAUUUAAUUGUGCUGAAUCUACCAAUUUCGCGGCACCAAGAUGGGUGGAAUAUGGCAAAAGAGCUACGCAGUGCACUUGCAGUAAAGACAUGGUGAAAAUAUCUAUGGAUACCUUUGUUAAACGUUUCCAACCGGACAGAUAUGAAUUAUGGCUACGUGGUGAGGAUAUCGGACCCCAUCCUGAGGAUCCUAGACAAACUGCGGCACCGAUGCCAUCGCAAAUGGAUCUACUAUGUAGCAGCAGUAGCAAUGGCCAAUUACCGCAAAGCUAUCUGAGGGCAGCUCUAAAGAAUAAGAGACAUAUGAUUCACAAGCAAAAGAAUAUUAGAGCCACCAGUCCUGCUGUCGUUAUGGAGCAACUUGAGGGAUACACAGAUAUUCCUCCGGAUGUCAAGAAAGUUUUACAGGAUCUUGAAAUGGAGGAAAUUGAAGAGCCGCCUGAUGAGCAACAAAUGGAAGUUUUGGAAGACAUUUGGUUGAAAGCAGGAGAGAUGGACGUUGACGAGGCAACCGUUUUUGACGACGGUUACAAUCGUAAGAAGAGCAAGAAAAGGAAGAGGAAGCAAAGUUUGCCGGAGAAAGAGAAGCGUGAGUCAAAAUCUAAGAAGCGGGCUAACAAAGUUAACAUUCAGGAUGCAAAUGAAAUUAAAAUUGAGAUAAAAACGGAAGUUGACGACAUGACAGGUUCCUUCGAAGACGUGUCCCAAGAAAAUAUCGAUGAUAUUCCGGUGCUUCAAGGGAAUUACAACGAUAGUAUUAUCAUAGAAAGCAGGGAUGAAUCUGUGAAAGUAGAGCUCUCGGACUUUUCGGAAAGUAGCGACAAGUACGUCAAGAAAAAGAAGAAGCAUUCAAAGCACAACGAGCAGAAGAAAUUGAAACAGCGGCACGUGUCCAAAAGUAAGCGCAAACAAGAUAAUGUACCGACUUUCGAUGAUGCCGCUUCAACUUUUAAUUUGUCGGAUGCUCAGUGUAAAAAUAUAACACUGCCCGAGAUCUGUAUUCCGAGAUGUUCUGUGAAGGAUAUCUCGAACAACCAGGGGAAGGUCAACGUGUUGCCUGGAAAUAUCAUCUCCGUUGGUAACGAGCUGAGCAUGAUAAACAUGAAAGACAAAACCGUCGUGAAUAUUACUAACAGCGGCCAGACGACGAGCCUCGCGUAUAACGACGACACGGGUACGGAGAAGUUGAUGAACAUUGCCUGCGAGAACAAAGCAACUGUUGGUACAACGAUGAACGUAAAAAAUAUCUCUAUCGGACCUGCAUGCGGAAGUGCGGCAGCAGGUAUUAUGGUGCAAAGUAUUGUCGCGCACAAAGGCAUAAACUCGGAGUAUCCGAUCGAAAGUGCAAGGCCGAUCGCGCAGAAUACGUCUACGAGUACAAAUUAUAAGAGUGUGUUGAAAGCACCUAAGUUAAGUAUAUUAAAAACCGGUUACGACGCGUCACGGCUCACGUCUCAAGUGCGUGCUGACAGUUCCGCUGCUAACGAAAAUGCGGUACACCACACCCCGGUUGUACCGAGGAUUUGGAUCAAUUCCGAAUUCAAGAAGGUUACGCCGUUCUCAACUACCCCGACUUUCAGCCAAGGCCCGCCGGUUUUGCAGAACGAGACGGCAGCGCAUUGCGACGUCAGACCCGCCAACUUCAAAUCCAGCCCGUCGCCGAUCUCAACGAUAGAGCAUAUAAAGUUACCAGCCGACACCGUGAUUAAUCAAGUUUGUAGUUCGAGGCCUUCCUCGUUCAGUAACUGCCGCAGCGUGUCGAUGUACGAGCGACACGAUUACGACGGGCACGAGUACAAUCGGCACAACUACGUAUCCAGAAACGUGAUCCCUAGCAGCUGCAAAACGAUGAUUCAAGGAUACAACUGGGGAAGCGGCUCGUCCGGUUCUAAUGAAAAGGCAAACAUUGUUCAAUUGACCCCCGUCUCUACUUCGCCGAAUAAACACGACAACGUACGUGUUUCCUCGAUACCAGGUUUGGUCCUGCCGGCAAAUACGUCGGCCGUGCAGACGUACCCUAUGAAGAGCAUGUACGCUUCCGCUCAAAUCACACCGAUAGAUUCCAACAAGACGUACCUGCUAAAUGCCACGAACUACUCGAACGAUCUAGCGAGAAUAUACCCGAAGGUCAGCACUGAUACGUCGAAGGAGCGCAAAAAUCAGUCACGCCAAAAGUCGCAAAGAGGAGGGCACACGCCGCGCAAGAGGCCGCCGAGGACUCCGAACAAGUCGUGUCCUAACAAUCCGUCAUCGAGCGUGUCUCAUCAGGCAAGUGAUACCACGAGCAGUGUGCAAUCUGGCACGCAAGUGAAUGAGAUGAUUGGUGUACAGAUCGAUGAUCAGUCGUUUGUCAACAUUACCGUGUCAAGGGUUACAGACGGUGUCGCGCCAAAUGUGACACAGUCAAGCGGUGACUCUUCGGUCGAAAUAAAGCCAAUAAUAGCCAGUCCUGUGCAAUUUAACGAGAAUGAGUGUUCAAGUACGCCCGACAAUAAAAUAUUGUUACCAAAUUUAUCAAUACAAACGGACAAUACUAGUUCACAUUUGGCGGCAUCUAAUGUGAAAUCAAAAGGAGCGGCCACCGCGAGGAGAAAAUCAAAAGAAAAGUUGAGAAAGGUGGAGAAGGUGGAGAAGGUGGAGAAUGCGGUGAAAGUGGAAAAUGUGGAGAAGAAGGAACUGCCAUUACCCGCCACCGAUUCAACGGGUGAAACUACGAAGGAGCGAUCCACGUCGAUGGAUUCGACCGAUGUGCCGAAAACCUGCAGUAUUCAUACACCGUCGGUGAUACCGGGACACAUCUCCGAGAUGAUCUUUCCGAACGUUCCGAAUAAAGAAAUGUUGAGGGCGUUCAAUGAUUAUUGGAGCGCUCAAAUAUCCCAUUGCGCAGUAUGCGCCACCUUUGCCUCGUGUAGCAGCGGGAGCAGCAGAGUAAUGCCACCCGAUUGGAGAUAUUGUAAACAAACCGCCUUACCUGAAAGUACGCCAAUAUGGGUGUCAGCUAAUCUUUUCGCGGCCAACUCCAAGGAACAGGCCGUGGAGCCGGAAAAUGAGAAACUUUUACGAUGCAGAGAAUGUCAAGUAACUGUCCAUGCGUCCUGUUACGGUAUAACUGUGUUACCCACGAAUACUCAGAAUUGGGCGUGUGACAAGUGCAAAGCUGGCAUGUACGACGUGAUGUGUUGUUUGUGUCCGAUGUUCGGCGGCGCUAUGAAACGUACCAGCGACAGCAGAUGGGCGCAUAUUCUGUGUACGCUUAUGGUGCCGGGCGCCAUCUUUAAAGAUGCGAUUAACAAAGAUCCCAUCAACGUACUGGCGAUCACGGUUGACACGUGCAAAAAGUGUUGUUUUUGCGAGCGAGAACGUGGGGCAUGCCUGACGUGUAAUCAAUGUACGAACGUAUUUCAUCCGUCAUGCGGUCUUGUCGCGGGCGCAACGUUCACUAUUCCAGCUUACAACUCGUCGGAACUUCAGGUAACGUGUAAUGGACACGACGAUGGUCAAGAGAAAAUUCCGCAAAUACGUCAGGGAGAAAUUGUGUGGGCGAAACAUCGUAAUACUCGAUAUUAUAAAGCCAAAGUGGAGGCUAUACAAGACAUCCUUUUCUACAUGGUUACGUUUAGCGACAAUAGCUUCAGCGACGAUCUGUACCCAUCAGAUAUAACUAAUUAUGACCCUGGAAACACACCUUCGCUCGGCGCUGCAGUGACCGUGAAUUGGACGGACGGUCAAACGUAUGACGGUAUUUUCGAAGGUACAAAUCAUCGAAUCAUGUUUUCUGUGAUUUUCGAGGAUAGCUCUAAGAGCGUUUUAAAACGUAGCGAUCUGUACAGUUUGGAAGAAGAUAUGCCAAAAAGAGUACGUUCUCGAUUGUCUGUUGCAACUGAAAUGAAGCACCGGGAUCAUCUUUAUGGCACCGAGGACGAAUCAGAGGCGCAAAGAAAAGUGAAACAAUCAAAAAGUUGCGAUUAGCCGGAAAUAAUUGGAUGUAAAUAACUGCAAAAUUAUAAAACAAAGAAUUAUUGUAAAUACUACAUGUAUUCAAUACAACAUUUAGCAAAAAUACAAGAAAAUACAUUUAGUAUUCGCGAUAGUCUAUUUCGGAUGUACUCUGCACCGAACUGAUCAGAUAAACACAGACUAUGUUUUUCUUACUUUCGAUCAUUUUUAUUUUAAUUAACUGAUGUUUUCAACGAUAAGGAUAAUCAUUGUCCGUUUUAUGUUAAAUUAUUAAUUUACAGUAUUUUAUGUGCAUAAUCGUGUCAUGUAUUCCACAUACACAUCACACCAUUUUAUCAAUGUAAUAGGUAUCAUUUCUGUGUAUAAUACACGUACAUGCAAGUUAUAUUGAUAAGACCUCUCGAAUUUCUUAUCCUUUCAAUAAAUGUUAAUGUGUCAUAACGUUUCUGAACAAUUAAACUUUAAAAUUAAAGCGUUUAUAUUUUGCGGAAUGUUCAUUGUCUUAUAUACUGUUGAAUAUCACUGUUGAAUUGUAAGUCAGAAAGGCACGAUUAAUGUUACAACAAUUUACAGAAACGUAUCAAUGCGCGACGCAACAGACGCAACAUAUUUUUGGAAUUUGCGAUAAACACCUAAGGUAUUAGGUGUGUGCAAAAGUUUCAGUCUUUUAACUGUAUGAGAAUAAAAUGAGAACCAGCGGAAGAAAGAAUAAAACUUUUACACACAUCUGAUAUAUUUGUUUCCACGGUAAAUAAAUAAUGUAACAACGUGAUCACGAUGAGAUCAAGAAGCCAUGUGCAUACAGAAUUUUAUUCCGUUUUAAGGAUAUGUGUAAAUAAAUGUAAUAUCGCAAUGUUUGUGUUACAAAUGUUUGUGUUCAUUAAGAUCAGAUAUUUAAACAUUAUUAAGGCAUACACUAAUGAACUUACGUAUAAAAAAAGUUUUGAAUCUAUAGAUAUAUUAUUGAAGAGAGAUUUCAGUAGAAGUUUACAAAUGACUCGAGAAAUAAAAUUAAUUGAAUUUCUGUGAAAUUAAUUAAAUCGCUUGUAUAUAAGUAUCUUAUCAUAUUUCCAUUAAUAUCAUUUUAUCCAAAUCCAAAUAUAUAAAUAUAGAACAGAUCUCUCAAUUGAGAAUAGAAAAUGAUUGAAUUUUAACAAAAUGAAAAAUUAAAUUAAUUAUUUAUGAUUAUUAUUAUUGCGCAAAAUGUAAAGUAAACGGAAAUGAUAAACUGCAAAAUUACUAAAGUAGUUCUAUAUUAUCCGUGAUAUUUUCUCGAGUUAUUUUAAUCUUCAUUGUUCACAAUGUAAAUACGACCUAGAUACGACAUAUGCAAUUUUAUA